UUGCUCCUAUCGCUUGGUUAUUUGGAGCGUCCUGUAGUGUGUGUUUAUUAUUAGUGGAAUGCCAAGCUAUCUAUUCACAGUACAAUAGUAGUGCUUGCCGCCGCAUCGGUCCGGUCAGCGGACGGUGAUAACGAAAUUAUGAUGAACUUUAUAUAUUUGCAUUGUUUUAUACUCUUUGUGUUAUUGCACGGUGUAAUAUCUGAUCACCGCAAUGUAUUGGACUCGCGAGUAUGUUUUGAUGAUAAAUUCAGUUUCGGCGUCGCCACUGCAUCGUACCAGAUUGAAGGCGCCUGGAAUGUGUCAGGUAAAGGCGAGAGCAUAUGGGAUAGGUAUACCCAUGCGCACCCCGACAUGGUGGUCGAUCGCUCGAACGCCGAUGUGGCUGAUGGUUCCUACUACAAGGUGAAGGAAGAUGUCGCAUUGAUGGUGAAGUUGGGAAUCGGCUUCUACCGGUUCUCUAUUGCCUGGUCUCGGAUCUUGCCUAUUGGGUUGAGCAAUUACGUGAACGAGGAUGGCAUCAGAUACUACAAGGAGUUGCUCGCUGAGCUCCGUCGCAACCACAUCACUCCUGUAGCUACCAUGUAUCAUUUUGAUCUGCCCCAAAAUCUACAGGAACUUGGCGGGUGGACCAAUCCUAUUAUGGCUGAUUACUUCGUUGACUAUGCUAGAGUACUUCUAGACACUUUUGGCGAUGAAAUAAAAAUCUGGUUGACAUUCAACGAGCCAUACACAUUCUGUGAAGAUGGGUACGGUGGUAUAGAGGCUCCGGGUGCCAACUCCAGUGGCUUCGAAGAUUACCUGUGUGGCCAUAAUGUUCUCCGAGCUCAUGGCAUGGUGUACCGCAUGUUUGACAAGGAAUAUCGCAAGAAAAUUGGAGGACAUAUGGGUAUUACAUUGGAUUUCUCGUGGUUGGAGCCCGCUACGACAUCAGUAGAAGACCAGCAAGCUGCAGAAACAGCCAGACAAUUUUACUUUGGCUGGUUCGCGCAUCCAAUUUUCUCAAAAUAUGGAGACUAUCCGCCUGUAAUGAGAAGCAUGAUUGACGCAAACUCCAAGCGACAAGGCUUCUAUCACUCAAGACUGCCUUAUUUUACUUCUAAAGAAGUGGAAAUGAUACGAGGGGCCUACGACUUCCUGGGCUUGAACCACUAUACCACGUAUCUGGUGAAACAUGGCUCUCGAAGAAUUAGUCUACAGCCGUCAUUUAUAGACGACAUGAAUGUAAUAAAAUUCCAGAGAGAUGAAUGGCCUAAAACUAAUUCUUCGUGGUUGAAGGUGGUACCAUGGGGUUUCAGGAAAGCUUUGAAUUGGGUGCGGGUGAACUAUAGGAACCCUAAGACCUUAAUAACUGAGAAUGGCGUGGCGUUCGAGCGGGGCCUGCAUGACACGAAGCGGGUUAACUACAUCGAUAGUUACCUCCGAUCCUUGCACGCUGCCAUACAUCAAGACGGGUGUUACGUUAUCGGCUACGCUUACUGGAGUUUGCUGGACAAUUUCGAGUGGACUAGAGGAUUUUCGGAACGUUUUGGCCUGCAUGAAGUAGACUAUCAGUCUCCCAACCUGACCAGGACACCUCGUCUCUCCGCGAAAUAUUUCACCAGUGUAGCGAAGACUGGUUGUCUGCCAAACAGCUAUGCUGAUUACACUUAUGAUAUUUAAAUAUUUUCUAUACAUAAGCAUACCAAAUAAUGUAAAAUAACUGUGAAAUUAAAAUUAAACUUCUAAAACACAA